CGACUGAAAUAUUAGCAUCAUCAAUGCAGUUGCUCACACUUUUCGUCGUAAGGCUCGCAGCGCCUCAGUCGGGGAAUAUAUGCGGAAGGUAAGGGCGCAAGGAUCUCGCUUGCUCCCAAAGGAAGAUCAGACGAAGUCCAAACGGAAGAGGAGCAGGAAAACUAACGACAACAAGGUAUCGAGAAGCGAGAAUUUGAUGAAGGAAGUUCUGGAAGAGACAACUUUUAAACCUUGGCUGGAACUCCCCAACGAACCGAAUGCGAAGGCAUGCAAGGAAUACAUCGCAAGUAUUGAUCAAAUCCACGACGAAGAGUUACGAGGUUUCACAAGACAGUGGUUGGCCAAGGCUGAUGCUGCUUGGCCCACGUGCGCUAACACCUGUCUCGAGCGAUUCAUGCACACAAACAACGUCUACAUCUCCUCUGUUGAUCAAGGAACAUAUGAAACUCCUGGAACUAUCGCAUUUGCCACCCAACUUCGACUAGGAACGGAAAUACAGACAAUAGACCAGCAAGAUGUUGCCGUUUACUCCAGAAGGUUUUUCGAACAAGUCAAGGCGCUGUCCUUUAGCUUGGUCGGAGGACCACACUUCCUUCUCCAUUUCGACCGACAUCAAGGUAUACUACGGAAGACAGAUAAAUUCGAGCGUAUGUGGGAAAGGAGGUAUGAGUAUUGGAGUAUCGGCCCUCCGACGGAAGAAUUUGACGACGAGGAUUUGGAACCGUCUAAAAAGCGCCGCAGGUCGAAACCACUUCAGUCCGAUACUUGCAUCCGUGGAGACCCGGAGAAUGUGGAACGGAUUCAGCAGUCAGAUCUCGCGCGCAAAGCCGCAUGUGCUCUGGCGCUCGAAGGGACCUUGCCAGACCUUCCUGAAUGUACAAUUCCUCCAGCAAUAGAACACGGAAAGAGCGGAUUGCCGAUGUAUAACAACGAAGAUGUAACAAUGGUCGACCGGCCAAGUUUAUCAUCAACGUCUUAUUGUGAUCACAACUCAAGCGUCUCAUUCGAUCUGGAAGCAGGGGGAAGCUCUUGUGGUGCGUCAGCUACAUCACCGACACCUCAGCCAUCAGAAUCGAGAAGAAAGAAUACACUUGGCAGGACACGACCUGACAUGGACGGAUCAAGUAUGAGCAGUUCCAAUACAAGAAAACAGUCUCUCAUCUUGAAACUCGGAGCUUGCGCCCGCACCCCUUUAACCACCACGUCACUAACGAGUCCGAAUCAUCGAUCUCCUCGCGUCAAAACCGAAUCUCCAGGAGGACAUAUCUCCGGUCCACCAUAUCGAUUGCAGGGAGGGAGCAAGGAAACACUGAUUGUGUUGGGAGACGAAGAAGAAUCAGAAACCUUGCAUACCCUAGAUUCUCGCAUAGGCGACGAUUCAGGAGACCAGGAUAUGGACCAAGGCAAUGGUGAACAAGCGAGGGCUGCAAAAAUUGUGAAAGAGAUGGUUCGAAAGUGGAAUGAGGACCGUGAUCGCCAUCGUGCUAAGUCCCUCUCUCGCAUCGCCACGCCUGAGGUCAAUAUCGAGAAUGACGGUUCUACGAAUGGUACUGUCCCGCCCAGACAAUCGAAAAUCGUGACAUCUACUCCUUCAAAUACUUCUGCACCUCCUGCUCAAUUAGAGAUGCCGCACAUUGCUUCCACUCGUUCAACAGCGUCGGCUCCGGUAUCGAUCCCGUCCCUGGGCAGCAAGAAAGUUAUUGGAAACCCUGGCCCAGGCACGAUACAUACCAGUAAUAUCGAAUCGACAUCCAAAGAACCUGUUGGCAAGACUGUCGAGAGAGGCUCUGAUAAACACACUGAAGAGCAUCUAUCCCGACGCCCUUCUUCGCCGCAUGAUUCCGUGAAAAGAGUCAGGGAGCAAGUUUUAGGAAUCUUCGCUGCAGAUUCGGAUGGCUUGCCAUCCGUCAAAAGCACCCAGACACUAGAUACAAUACUGCAGAACGGGCCGAAUGUACUUGGAGAGACGACUGCGUCAACAGCAUCCCCAACUUAUGGUCAGACCUCUAGACCACGAACGCUGGGCAAUUUUGACGUCUCGGUGUCUAGUGGAAUUGGUCAGAAGAGUUUUCAGACUGAUCCCGACCCAGCUUGUGCCAAAUCGCCGCAAACGGAAAAGAUGAAACAUCGACCAGAUGAUAUUGCAAGCAAUGUUGUGCAGGCUAAAGUUGAGACUGAAGGACAGCCAAAGUCUUACCAAGAAAAACUUCUUGAAUUGAAGCAAAAGCUAUCUUCGGCUCCCUCUAGUCCCACAUUCCACACUCCAUCUUCACCGGACAGAGCCAUCCAGGCUCCUAAUACAGAGCAAACGCCACAGGCGUCUGUGUCUUCACCGCCGCCUCCAUUGCGCUCAGGGUCCUUCAUCUGGAUAAGAAAAACGAUGCCAGAUCCACCAUUUGCGAAAGAGCCUGUUAAGAGUGAAACUCCACCAGGCUCUGCGCUCAAAGAACCUUACCAUGAUACCUCUUCUCCUUCUAUCAAUUCAGGAGUCUCGACAUCUUUGGUUGCACAGCCAGAUACAGCACCUCCGCCGCUAGGAUCAAAAUCAAAUAUUCCACUAGUAGAGGCCGUCUUGAAGUCCCAUUCUCCGUCGACCAGUGUUGCAGUCAAUACAAGUGUGGAGACACGAACACGCAACACUCCGGCGCUUCCUCCACAGGCCCAAACUCCUCAGCCGAAGAUCGAACCCCCUACUUUAUGGCCCAAACUCCCAGCAACGGUGUCUGCCGCGGAUGAUACAGCAAUGCCCAAGGUAUACAAGAGUCCCUACGCUAUCGUCCCAACUCCAACACCGUCCUCAACGAAGCCCUCCCCCUCCGACCAACCUACAAUCCCCGACACGAAGCCCAAUCUUGAACGAAGUCCGUUCAAUCCAAUCACACUCCGUGACCCCAAUUUCAAAACGUUGGAACUGGUCAUUGCGCUUGAGGAUGGAUCUAUCAACUUUGAUAAUGCCUUCCCGUUUCAGCAUGCCGAGAACCACAAAUUGGAAGAGUUCUUCGACUUCUGUUCGACUGUCUCACAGGUACCCAUUUUCAGGCUGAAAAGUCUGACCUUGACUUUGGCUUUUGGGAAGCGACAGAAUUUUUCUGUGCAGAGGACUGGGGAUCUUGUUAAAGAUGAGCAAUUGUGGAAGAAGACGAAGAAUAUUAUUUUGGUGCUGUUCAAGAAUGCACAAAAGGUGGAAAAGGACCAGGAUGAGUUUCAAGUUUUGGUGGAGGUGGAGAUGGAGAUGGAGAUGGAGGAAUAGGUAUAUUAUGCGGGUAUGCGAAAUAUGACUAACGAUUAUGAAUGAUGAUAUUAUGAGAAUCAGUUGUUCAUGCCACAAUGUGCAGACUUCGAACGAAGCUCAGAAAGAGAUGGUGCCGUCAGUGAAAGUAUAUGUUGGUAUUGUAUCCUGCAAAGACAUGAUCCCGUCUAGAAUCACGACCGUGAUGCAGCAUCGGCAUACACAGCGUAUCUUUUCGGUUUGGAAGGUCGAGAG